AUGUAUAAUUAGAGAUUGAGAAUCCUAGCUUAAGCAGUUCUAUAAGAGCAGGCCUAAUAAAUACAAAAUACAGAACGAAAGCUCAGCCUAUAAGAAAAUUACAUAAUUUACAAUAUUAUAUAAGUAGCUGAAAUUGCUAACAUUAAAUCAGAAAUUGAAAAGCUGGCAAUUGAAUUUCAAAAUCUGCUUAUUUACAAGUAUCUGAAGGAAGCAAUAUCGCACCUUUUAAUCUAAUUAGACCAUAUUUUUUUAUAAUAUUCAUUUGAAAGCUAACCGGAUGAUAUAAAAUGUUACAUUUCAACAAUUAAGUACUUGUCAUCGUUUGUUUCAAAUAUUCCCAGUUUCUCUGUGUUUUUAGAAGAACUCAAUAAUAGCCUAUAAUAUUAGCCAAUUGAUUAUAUGAAGACUGUUGCGAAGAGAGCUUAUAAAUUAAUGAAAUUUCAAUAAUUAUUGUGUUAUUACAUGGAUUAAUUUAAAAAACAGAGAGGAAUAGAUUUAAAUAAAUACUAUAAUUUAUAAGGAUUUAUGAAAAUAUAUAAGGGUUAUGGUAAAAUCAAAUUUGCUUUUAAAAAGUAAAAGAAAUAGCCCAAAAAUCAUAAUACAUAAAGUUAAUCUUCAAUUUCUACUGCAUACUCCCACUCAUAUUCAGUAACCCCUUAACCUUAAAUUUUAGGAUAUAAUGAUCCAUAUUAAUAACCUUAUAGUACAACUACAAUAUAUUCACAGGAGGGUUGUACAUCUCUAAAUUCACAAUCAACCUUAAUACAACAACCUUAAAUUUAAAGUUGUUCAUAUUAAAAAUCACACUCUUUGUAGGGUGAUUAAAACUUUUAGGAUCAACCAGAUUAUGGAAUAUCUUUAAUCUAAUAAUCGAGCCAUCCUUAAUAAAGGUCAAAUUAUGAUUACCCAUUGAUGCCUCAAAACUAUAAUGGUGGUGUGACCUAAACAUUUUAACAAUAGGAGCAAUAUUAACCAAAUUUUUAGUUCUAGAAUAUGCCUUAAUAAUAAUAAUAACAAUAAUAGCAAUAUUAAUAACAAUAGCAAUAUUAAUAACAAUAAUAAUAGUAAUAAUAGCAAAAGUAAGAACAAUAAAAAUAAAAAUAAUAUUAGUAAUAAGUUCAAUAAGUUCAAUAAAUUCAAUCAAUUUAAUUUGCAUAAAACUAACACUAACAAAUUUAAUAAUGUUAAAAUGUUCCUCUUCCAUAAUUUUAUCAUAAUGAAUAACACAGUUAUGAACUCCAAUAAAUUUAAAAUACCGUGUAAUUCUGUUAAGAAGAUGCAAUUAAAAAGGUAGCCAUCACAGAUUCCAUUUUUUAAUAAUCUAUAUCAGAAAUAUCUGAAAUUUAGGAUACGAGUGUAUAACAAUUUGGUUUUACCUCAUUCAGACCAGACCAGACGCAAAUAGAUGAUGCAUCAUUUUAAGAGUAAAUCAAUUAAAGGAUAGAAGAAAAAAAAGAGUUAAUUAAUUAAAAGGUUGCUUAAGAGUAAUAAAUGAAAUAAAGGGAUGUUGGUUAAGGGAAAUAGAUUAAAUAAGAUUUUAAUUAAGAAGAAUAAAUUCAUUAAAGGGAUGGAGGUUUACAAUUUAAAAUAUUGGAGUAUUCAGAAUUUGAGGAAUUAGUGAUGAAUAAAGCAAAAAUAACUCAAAUUCUUUUGGAUCCUGAUACCAAUUAGCAGGUCUUUUCAACUUAACUAUCGCAUUUCAUUUUAGAUAAAAGUAACCAGCAUGAUUUGGAAGCCAUUUCAUUAUUAGAAAGAUUUUGCGAGAAAAAGUAAAGUUAAUUUGAGAGAGACGAUUAAAAGAAGAAAAUUUUAUAACUUCUUGAUUUUUGA